CUGAUGAAGCGAAUACUUCUAUGAAUCCAAAAUUUCAUGAUUUAAAUAGAUCAAUUGUGCAAUUGAUUGAUGAUUUUAACAUGGUUAGUUUUCUUCCGCUAAAUAUAAAUGACGAAGAUUCUAUAACUGCCGUGUUAUCUCACGUGGAUAAUGCGUUACAAUUUAGUGAGGAUCAAGAACCUAAAGAGCCUAAGGAUGAAUUUGAUAUUGAAUAUGACUAG